AUGUCAGAAAGCAGCAGUGGUGGUGGAAAUGAAGUUGAUAGUAAUUAUGAAAAGAGGAAUAGUAGGUUUGAGUCCAGGACUCAACUUCUUGAUGAUAUUGGUGAUAAGAGUUGUAGGGAUGGGGUGACAAGGGAUGUAGAUGAUGAUAAGAGUUGUAGGGAUGGGGUGACAAGGGAUGUAGUUGACAGUUGUAGUGAUAAGAGUUGUAGGGAUGGGGUGACGAUGGAUGUAGGUGAUGGUGGUAGUGAUAAGAGUUAUAGGGAUGGGUUGACAAGGGAUGUAGAUGACGGUGGUGAUAAGAGUUGUAGGGAUGGGGUGACGAGGGAUGUAGGUGAUGGUGGUGGUGAUAAGAGUUGUAGGGAUGGGGUGACAAUGGAUGUAGAUGAUGGUGGUGGUGAUAAGAGUUGUAGGGAUGGGGUGACAAGGGAUGUAGAUGAUGGUGGUGAUAAGAGUUGUAGGGAUGGGGUGACAAGGGAUGUAGGUGAUGGUGGUGGUGAUAAGAGUUGUAGGGCUGGGGUGACAAGGGAUGCAGGUGAUGGUGGUGGUGAUAAGAGUUGUAGGGCUGGGGUGACGAUGGAUGUAGAUGAUGGUGGUAGUGAUAAGAGUUAUAGGGAUGGGAUGACAAUGGAUGUAAGUAACAGUUGUAGUAAUAAGAGUUGUAGGGAUGGGGUGACAAGGGAUGUAGAUGACGGUGGUAAUAAGAGUUGUAGGGUUGGGGUGACGAUGGAUGUAGGUGAUGGUGGUGGUGAUAAGUGUUGUAGGGCUGGGGUGACAUGGGAUGUAGAUAACAGUUGUAGUAAUAAGAGUUGUAGGGAUGGGGUGACAAUGGAUGUAGGUGAUGGUGGUGGUGAUAAGAGUUGUAGGGCUGGGGUGACAAGGGAUGUAGGUGAUGGUGGUGGUGAUAAGAGUUGUAGGGAUGGGGUGAAAAGGGAUGAAGUUGACAGUUGUAGUGAUAAUAGUUGUAGGGAUGGGGUUACAAUGGAUGUAGGUGAUGGUGGUGGUGAUAAGAGUUGUAGGGAUGGGGUGAAAAGGGAUGAAGAUGACAGUUGUAGUGAUAAUAGUUGUAGGGAUGGGUUGUAG